AAAAAAUGAUAAUAAAUAAAUAAAAUUGGAAAUAGUGCAAUUCAAAUGCAAUGGUAGUAUCAAAACGAAAGAAAGAUAAUAAAGAGAUUGCACCACCAACGCCAGAAUUAAAAAGAACAAAAAUUCAGGCACAGAGGAAAUUUCCACAAGGUCAAGUUCCACCUUCAUCUGCAUAUCUCACGUAUAAUUUAACAGCAGGAAAUGAAACUCCGAAAGAAAAGUCACCAGAAAAGGAACUUCUUCCAAAUUUAAGACCAAACACGGAAGAUUUUUUAACUUUCUUAUGCUUUCGUGGCACAAGUUCAUUGCCAAAAGAAUUAGAUUUUACUAAUUCCCUUAGUAAUCAACCGUCUACAAGUGGAACGGCAUCUGCGACACGAAUAAAUAAUAAUGAGAAAAAGAGACAGGACAAAACUGAGAGUAGUAGCAAAAAGAAAGUAAAUAAUACGAGUAUAACAAAUAAUAAUAAUAAUAAUAGUAACAAUUCCAUCAAAAUUAAUAAGAAUGAUGAGGCAACAAAAGUUACAAGUAGUGAUAAAGAGAAAAAGAAUGAUGAACAGAAUCCACAAACAUCAACAUCCGAAAAGAAGGAAACUAAAAAGUCAUUUAUGCCUUUUGCAGUUCGCAAAAGAGCAGAGAUCCAUCCUGUGAGAAAUGAUAAAAAAAAGGCACAAAAUAGUAAUAAUAAAAAGAAACAAAAUUUGCAGAAAGAACACAAAUCUGAGACAUUAAACGACAAUAAGGAAGUUCAAAAUGAGCAACAGCGAGUAACAAGAUCUAAUCCAGUGGAAGAAAAGUCAUUACAAAGUUUUGGAAACAAGCGAAGGUCGCAAAAUAAUGAAGAAAGUAGUGACAGUUAUGCACUUAAUACAAAGAAUAUCAAGCUAGAUAAAUCUCCUAGAAUCGAGUUAACUCCAAUUGAAAAAGUGCCAAUUGAAACAUUGAAAAAGGAUUCUAAAAUUAAUGUUAAUAUUAAGAAGAAAAUUCAAAAUUCUGAUCAAGUUAAGAGGCAAACAAGACUGUCUGCAUUGCGAAAUCCACCAAAUUCAUCGACGAAUGAGAAACGAGAGACGUCCAAAAAUAAUGAUAAACUCCUGUACGAUAGUGAAAAGUAUUUUUUCUCAUCUGAAGAUGACGACGACGACGAUCAGCCACUACUCAAAUCGGACUCAAAUAACGAUAAAAAGAAAAAGAAAGUGCAAGCAAAUAAUAAAAAUCGUUCAAAAUUUUCGAUUAACAAAAGUAAAACAAAUUCUAAGAAUACGGCAAAUAAGCCAGCAAAUGAAGUACAGUCUGGAAUAAAAAAUAAUAAGAAGAAAGAUAUAGAACAAAGUAUCAACGAGGAAGUUGUUGUAAGUGACAAAUCAGUGGAAAAUGAUUCGAGAGUUGAAAAUGAUAAAACUAUUAUUGAAAGUACAAGUAUGCCUGAAAAGAAAAAGGUUGGAAGGAAAAAAAAGACUCAAAAAGAAAUUGAAAAGGAUAAAGAUAAUUCACAAGCAAACACUACGGAUUUAAGUGAAAAUGAGACUCGAAGUCGACCAAUGCGCAAAACUAAGGAGGCAGCAACGAUUUAUAUGGAAUUAAUUGGACGAAAAUUGACGCUGCAUGAUUCAUCUGAUAAUGAUUCGUCGUUAGAUAGUUUAGAAGUACCAAAUCUUAAGCGCGUUGAGCUUUUAGAAAAUGAACUAAAAGCAAACGUUGGAAAGGCAAAGGUUUCAGCCGAGGCUGAGAGAAAGAGAAAUGAAGACAAAAAGGGUUCAACAAGUGUGAAAAAAACCACAACGAAAAUUGAAAUGAAAAACACAAAAGUUAACGAAAGUGCUACUAAAAAUGAUGAUGAUGAUGAGUUACAGAAAAAUGUGAGUUUUGACGAUAAAAAAUUUGAGAAAAGUUUUAGUGAUUCCGAUGAGGAACCAUUGGCCACAAAAGUAAUUAAGAAUGCUCCACUAGCAAGUAAAGCAACGCCCAAAAAAAGAGGUAGAAAAAGUAAUCAAGAAUUGGCUGAAAUUGCUCGAAAAGCCGAAGAACAAAGACAAGCUGAUAAACUUAAACAGCAGAUAAAAGAGCUGUCAGAUACGAAAAUUGAAACCACUCCUAAACAAAGCUCGUCUGUCAAACUUGAAAUCGUUAACCCUCCGAUUGUAUCGAUCCCUCAAGAAACGAAAAUGUCAAUCCAAAAUGAAGUAAUUAAAAGUACAUUUGACGAAAUUAAAGAUUCUGUACCAAGACUUGUGAAAUCACAAGAAAUUACAAAAACUACUAAGAAUCAUGAAGUAAAGGUUGAUAUUCAAUCUCAAAACGAUGACGACUUUGUAAAAGGUUUUGAUACUAAUUGCACCAAACCAAUUUCGGCGAUAAAAUCGUCAAUUAAUCUCUUGCCUAGUAAAGAGGAAUCGGAGAAAAUAUUUGGAAUCGCUAGUGUUACUUUGGCGCAAAGUAGUGGUCCUUUAGAUACAAAAUGUACGCUGGGAAAAUGUGGAUCAAUUCAUAAGCCAUCGUUGGGCCCUGCUGUUUUGACGGAAUCAGCUCUUGGAAAUAGUUUGUCUCCAAAAGAUCGACGGAAAAGUAAAGUUAAUAUGACACGUGAGCAAAUCCAAAAAUGGCUAGAUGAAGCUUCUUGGACACCAAUUCCAGAUGAUGAAAUGGAAUCAAUUGAUUUAAAAACAACGUCAAAAGCAUCAACUUCAAGUGCCAUUUUGUCAAAGUCAGGAGAUGAAUCUCAAUCCUCUACUAUAACGAAAGAAAAAAUUGUAGAUCAAUCGCCAUCAAACUUUAAUGAUCAAGUGAAGCAAACAAAAUCAGAGUCCAUUUCUUUACAAAAGCUACAAAAUUCAUUGCGAGCUGAAAUUGGUAAUAGUAAAACUGUUGCAACAAAAAUUGAAGAAAAUAUCAAGAAAAAAGAUAUCGAGUCUCAAAAUGUAUCUUUUGAUUCGCAAGCAUCAAAUUCAGCAAUAAAAUCUCCAGUCAAUGAUAAGAAAAUUCCGAUUUAUCAAACUCAACAACAAAUACAACAGCAACAGAGGAGGGCACCAGUUUAUAAAGCGACCGUAGAUAAGCCUGCGACCAAAACAAAGUUAACACCAAUAGUUCCGAGUAGUUUUGCUGCAUUUUCGCCUGAAAAUGAGCACAGCAUAUAUUCAUUUGAUAGAGAAGAUGAUGAUUUUCCAACUCCCACAACGCCGUUCAGACGAAGUAACUCAAAAACUGAUGAUAAUAAUAAACGAGAUAAUGAAUCUCAAACAAAAGCCACACCAUCAAAAAGUAUUCAGCCGUCUCAUGUUUCUUUAACUCUAAGUCCUGAAGAUAAUAAGAAAUCAGCAUCGAUAAGUGUUGGAGUUCCUGAUGAUCAUAAAAAAGAAAAUUCAUCAAAAGUCGAUGUUCAGGAAAAGGAUGAUUCAGACUCUGAAGGUCAUACAUUUUAUAUUCCAUUGCAAGCGUCAAAUACAUCAUCAGGUAAUAAAACUAUUCAAGGUGUUGCAGUAAAAUUGGGAACGGAAGGAGCUGAAGGACCAAAUCAGAGGAUUAUUAUGCAUGCAAAAUUAGUUACUAAAUCGAAAAUUAAUUCAACUCCAAUUCCUGAAUCGAUGACCAAUAUGCAAGAAUUGGUUAAAACUUUAAUGGCAAGUAAGGAAACAUCAAAACCAAUUCAGACAGUUCAGCCAAGAUUUAAAUCAAAUGAAGCUGUAGAAAGUGUAAGUACUUCUUUACAGCCUGAACCGAGUACAUCUUCGUUGGUUGCAAAUCAGCGAACUAAGCAAACAACGAAGCUUGGUGUUAUGAAUGAAGCUCCAAUUUUCAGACCUACAGAAAAAGAAUUUCAAGAUCCAAUCGAAUAUAUUGAAAGGAUAACACCGCUUGCACGGAGAUUUGGAAUUUGUAGAAUAAUUCCUCCAGAAACAUUUAAACCGGAAUGUCGUGUCAGUGACGAGAUGAGAUUUACAGCAUAUAAUCAAUAUGUUCAUAAGAUGCUUCAUCGUUGGGGUCCAAGUGCAAAAGAGUUUGCAGCAAUUAAAAAAUAUUUGGCGACUCAAAGUAUUAUAUUUCAGCGUCCUCCUUUGAUAGCUGGUAUUGAAGUCGAUUUACCAAGAUUAUAUCAUACAGUUCAAGAGCUUGGUGGAUUAAAAGAAGUUAUAGAGAAAAAGAAAUGGGCUAAAGUUGCCGAAGAUAUGUGUAUUCCCAAGUCUGCACACGAUCGCGUGACAAAGCUUGAUGAUAUUUAUUGCAAAUAUCUUUUACCAUACGACACACUUUCACCAAAUGAAAGACAAAAGCUAUUUGAUGAAGUCGAAGCGGAUUGGGCAAAGCGUGAAGCUAAAGCACGUAGAAAUGCUGAUAAAGGUGUGGAUUCCGAUGAGCAAAAUGAUUCAGAAUCUGAUGAGCAAAAUGAAUCUGAUGACGACGAAGAGUGUGAUGAUAAUGAAUCAAUGGAAUGUAUGGUAAAAGGUCGAAGCAUGGCACUAAGUCAGUUCUAUAGAAUAGCUAGAAAUAUGGUUACACUAUGGUUCAAAACACCUGAACCAGUUAAUUCUGAAAUUGAGACAGAGUAUUGGCGUCACGUGGCUGUUCGUGACAGUCACGUCUGUGUUCAUUAUGGUUCGAUUGAUUCUAGUGCUUAUGGUUACGGUUUUCCUGCACACGGACCUAAAACUAAGCUUUCUCCAUGCGCAAAGCAUCCGUGGAAUUUAAAAGUUUUAACAAAUAACUGUGGAUCAAUUUUACGAUCGUUAGGUCCUGUAAUGGGAGUCACAGUUCCAACAUUACACGUUGGUAUGCUGUUUAGUGCAGUUUGUUGGUACCGUGAUCCUCAUGGUUUACCAUGGAUAGAAUAUUUGCACACUGGAGCAAGCAAAAUUUGGUACGCUGUACCUGAUGAGCAGAGUUCAAACUUUAGAUCAGCUCUUACUUCAUUAGUUCCUUCACAUUGUCAGAAUAAGACAAUUUGGUUACCAUGUGAUACAACGAUGAAUUUUUCGUCUUAUUUAAGGUUCCACCGUACAUGCUAACAGAUCGUAAUGUUUCAUUGUGCAGAACAGAGCAACAACCUGGACAAUUUGUUGUAGUAUUCCCCAGGGCCUACACAUCAAGCGUCUGUACUGGAUACACUGUCUCUGAAAGCGUUUAUUUUGCCACACAUAACUGGCUAGACACAGCUCAUCUUGAUUUCAAGGAUGUUCAAGAAAGUUGUGAACCGAUGAUGUUUUCACUAGAACAACUUUUGUUUGCAAUUGCCAAUGAUCAAAGAAGUAAGGAAGAAACGAUUAAAAAAAUAUUACCAAUGCUCAAAGAGGUCUUUGAUAUGGAAAAGAAGAAUCGUAAUUUAUUAAAGGAAUCUGGCGUAAAUGCAGUUGAAAAAAUUCAUGAGAUCAAGAAACAAAUCAAUGCUGAGGAAUUGGAAUGCAAUUAUUGUCGAGCAAAUUUACAUAUCUCUUGGAUCAAAUUGGAUGAUGAUGAGGAAGAAAAUAAUGUUUAUUGCUUGAAACAUGCUUUGAGAUAUAUAAAUGACAAUCGUAUUCAAGCAAAUCAAUGCAAAUUAAUGUACACUUAUACGACGGAAGAAAUUGAAAAGCUGAUAAAAAAGUUAAAGCUUAAAGUUGUCGUCAGCGAUGAAAAUGUUGGCCAUUCGUCAUCAACAGCUGUUGAUUCUCAGCAAAAGAGUAAAGGAAAACUACACCAAAAGGGAAAGGCAACAAGUAACAAAUAGUAAUAUUGCUGUGCAUUAGUGGAACAAAACAUGAAAGUAUAUCCUUUUGACCGAUAGCUAAAAAGACUAGUCAAGUUUAAAGGAUUUUGGACUUAUUUGCUUGAAGAAUUUAGUAUUUUUUUAGAAAAUUUUGAUCACAGUAAUUUUAAGGACAUUUAACAUUUCUAUCAUCUUCUGAAAAAUAAAAUCAUAUUUUAGUGAGA